AUUCACUUGCAUUUAUUGCGACGGCGAUGCAACGUGAGAGAAUGCCGAAAUGUCCAAUGAUGAUAGAGAUCCAAAAGAUCUGCAAAGAUGGCGCUGAUUUAUGUUGUGUCAGAUUUUUAAAAUUGAUUUGAACCUUAUCGAGUUUUGACACGACGUGGGAAUCGGCUCGUAAGUCACCACUUUUGUAAAUGCAAUAAUCGUGUCGGGACCUAACAAGUCGUACUGUGGCGGAGGAGCGCACCAAUAGUCACGUGUAAUGUCGUGCACAGGUAGCGUUCUGCACUUAACCUAGUCAUGUUGAACCUUGAACCGUCAUCGCGUAUAUGAAGUUCACGGAACUCCGUGAGAUAUUACGAGAGAAAGAUAUCGAGCAGCGGAACGUGCAAACGAAUAAAAGUCCGACGCUGACUAGUAGUUUAUCGCUUGGACUUUCCCAUCGUUCGCAAACUGGUGACAACGAGGUUCGAUUGGAUGCAGAUAAAAUUCACACCUGGCUGAAAUGCCGAAAAUAAGGAUCAAGCAAACACCAAACAGCCUUUGGUUAAGGCAACGUGAGUUAGGUGUCAAGUUUCCUCUUGGUCACAGUGACCAUUUUCACAAGACUCUUUACUCUUCUAUGCAACCCGUAACCUCAUGGGAUCACGGAGAUAACUUAACUGCUGCGAGGCACGGUGGUGUAUUUAAUUUGGAAUAUUCACCUGAUGGGUCUCUCUUGCUAGCAGCAUGUGAGAAGAAAAGUAUUUUAAUGUUUGAUCCAUUAUGCAGGAGAUUGAUUCAUGCUAUAGACAAUGCUCAUAAUGACUGUGUCAAUUGUGUAAGGUUCCUGGAUCAACGUAUGUUUGCAACCUGUUCGGAUGAUAGUACAGUAGCUUUAUGGGAUGCUAGGAACUUGAAACAAAGGAUAAGAACUCUUCAGGGACAUUCUAAUUGGGUGAAAAAUAUAGAAUAUAGUCCAAAGGAUAGCCUAUUAUUGACCAGUGGAUUCGAUGGUAGCAUAUAUACUUGGGACAUUAAUAGCUUUACAGAGAAUAACUUUGUGUACAAUCGUGUAUUUCAUACAAAUGGACUAAUGCGAACAAGACUUAGUCCUGAUGCCAGUAAAAUGUUGAUAUGCACUACUUCGGGAUAUCUCAUUAUAAUACAUAAUCUUAAGCUCAGUACAUUGACUCAGGACUUGGCAGGAUUUAAGCCAAAUAUGUAUAGGCUGAUGCAGUUGUCUCAAACUACCAUACCAGUUGCCGCGAGUUUUACUCAUCUGUUUGCUCACUCCCGUCCUCACAAUAGAGUCGAGUUCCUCACUGAUUUUCCUGUAGGUGACGACGCCGAAGUGAUAUCAAGUCUUCAAGUUCACCCACAAGGAUGGUGCGCGUUGUCCAGAAACGUUAGCAAUGGAGAGAAAUCUGAGUGGACCUGCAUCCACGAUAUACAAGAACGUGACGUAAUCAAUAAUUUGGAACAAACCAAGGAAAGCGAAGAGGCUGCUCCGCAAUUCAACGAAUUAACCGUGGAGGAAUUUGAGGACUUUCAACAGCCACAGCCAUCGCGUUCGGGUAUCACGUCUUCCUUCGUGAUAGAAAGUGUGAAUCGUGCCAGAGUAGUACAUACGGUAUCGGAUGUAAGGUCGAAUUCAUUCAUAUCCACGGAUGCCGCGCCGUCGGUCAGGCCGUCGGCUCAAUCGAGGGCGAACUGGCAGGUAACGCCUCGUAGAAAUCUACGUUCACAAUCGAGGAGUCCGCGACCAGACAGGAACGUGAUGCGAACGAAUUUCGACGUGGUCGAAGUGAAUUCGAGCGCCGGUACUGCCGACGCGAGAGUAAACGCAAUUCAUAACGAAGACAGGGCAGAGGAUCAGUACAUGGACGAUAAUAAUGAGAAUCCAGGGCACGAUGCGUCGUCGCCUGACGAGAGAGAUCGAGAGUACAGAUCCCCGAGACCGAAUUCCCAGCUCAACGACCUGCGGCGACGUAACGUGAUCGACAAUUUUGCUAGCGGUAAUGUCGAGUUGCACGUUAGCACGACCGACGUGUGGGAAGCGCUCGUUGCGAUCAGAGAAGCCAGACUUCGGAGGGAACGCGAAAGGGAAUUCUAUCCCACCGCCGACAGGAGGGACUGGCUCCCUAGAGCAAACAACGGCGUGAGCGUGAAUAUCCCGCGAUCUUCCCACACGGUUGUGAUAAUCGGCGACAGGACCCGGGUGCAGAAUCAAAAUAGGCAGAAUCUGCAGACUAUGUACGCCAUACCGAGAAACCACAAGAUACAUCAGAACACACCUAGAUUAACGCAUUAUAUCGAGGAGCCGAACGUUGGUUCCGGCUAUAUCAAGGAAUUGUGCUUUUCGGCCGAUGGUAGAUUGAUAUGCUCGCCGUUCGGCUACGGGGUACGAUUGCUAGCAUUUUCAAGCGAUUGUGCCGAGUUAUCAAACUGCGUUCCAUCCGCCAACGAGUCCAUACAGCUUCACGAGUUAGCAACCAGCAUUAGUCAUUCCGAUAUUGUGGUUAGCACGAAAUUCUCCCCCAGACAUUGCUUGCUCGUGUCCGGUUGCCUCAGCGGCAAGAUUGUUUGGCAUCAGCCGGUGGUUUAGCUAAAUUGAUAUAAUUUACUAUAGGCAUUGUUAUAUAUUUUUUAUCGAUCGGUCUCUUAAUAGAUAGCUAGACAUGUUUUGCCGCUUUGUGCAAGAACAAAUCAUUGUAGAGAGUUACGCUGACUAUACAGAGUAUCUUCUUUUUUUCUUUUCUUUUUCUUUCUGAUAAUUGUCAUUUUUACUUGAUGCAUGCCUUUUUAAUGAAUGUUAUUCGAUACAUCAUCUCUGUACGGUUCCACAUUUUCUACUGUCAUAUACUUGCUAUGAUGAUAAUGCGGAUAACGGAUGAAAUUCCACAAGAUUUAAUUUACAUUUGCGCGCACCUCUGAGGGAAAGAUGAGAAUUAUUAAGAAAACCGUUAUGUCUCUCGAUUGCACACCAACGUUUUGCGACACAUUGUUCUGCAAUAUGAUAUACACUUACACGCACGUGAUAUAAUUAAUUAAACGAUUAAAAUGAUAUUUCAUAUUAUUACCUUUUCGCCAAUUAAUAUGAACUAAACAAUCGAGAAUGGUAUCGAUGACAAUCGACAAAAACGCGCCAUCAUAAAUGUAUUAAUAAUGUAAUCAAUUCUAUGCUAUUGUUUUUAUAUUGUACAUUUUUAUUUCA